CUCAUGCAAAAUGUGUUCAUUUGUUUCCUGUAGGUUUAUAUGGCUAGAAAAUCUGGAGCAGUUCUCCUUGAAUAUAGAGGAUUAGUUGGCUGCCAUGCUAAUGUUCCUUGUAUUUGGAGUGCUGCUUCAAGAAAUCCUGGCUAAUGUCCAAGAGGAAAAGCUUAUUGAAAUACAAAAUAUUCCAGAAGUGCCGUUAUAUAGCUACAAAAGUAUCAAUAUACCAGAAGAACAUAUUCCAUACUUUCUGCACAACAAUCAGCAUAUUGCCACAGUCUGUAAGCAGGACUCUCUUUGCCCAUAUAAAAAAUACCUGAAGAAGCUAAAAUCCUGCUGGGGCUAUGAGAGAUCCUGCAAGCCAGAAUACAGGUUUGGUUACCCGGUGUGUGAUUAUGUUGAAACAGGAUGGGCUAAUGACAUUGAGACAGCUCAGCAGAUAUUUUGGAAGCAAGCUGACUUUGGUUAUGUUAAAGAAAGGCUGGAUGAAAUGAAAACUCACUGCAAGCCUAUAACAAAGGGCGAUUCAUCUCUGGCCUGCUCACAGUACCUCCAGCAUUGUAGAGCAACAAACUUGUACAUUGAUUUAAGAGCCAUAAAGCGAAACCAUGACAGAUUCAAGGAAGACUUUCUUCCAAACGGACAAAUCGGAGGUCAUUGUAACUUAGACAGUCAAGCAUUCAUGGCUGAAGGUCAGCGCAAGAGCCCGCUGCAGUCUUGGUUUGCUGAACUCCAGACAUAUACUCCAUUAAGCUUCAGACCUAUAGAAGAUGGCAAAUGUGACAUUGUUAUUGAAAAGCCAACUUACUUCAUGAAGUUAGAUGCAGGUGUUAAUAUGUACCAUCACUUCUGUGACUUCGUCAAUCUCUAUAUCACUCAGCAUAUUAACAACUCGUUCAGCACAGAUGUCACCAUUGUCAUGUGGGACACUAGCUCGUAUGGCUAUGGCGAUUUGUUCAAUGAGACCUGGAAGGCGUUUACUGACUCUCACAUCGUACACUUGAAAACAUAUGACUCUCAAAGGGUAUGCUUUAAGGAAGCAGUGUUUUCAUUAUUGCCUCGAAUGCGAUAUGGCUUAUUUUACAAUACACCACUGAUCUCUGGCUGUCACGGUACAGGAUUAUUUAGAGCGUUUUCCCAGCAUGUGCUACACCGAUUAAAUAUCACACAAGAAGGACCCAAGGAUGGAAAAAUUCGUGUCACAAUCCUUGCACGCAGUACUGACUACAGGAAAAUAUUGAACCAGAAUGAGCUGGUGAAUGCUUUGAAAACAGUAUCGACGUUUGAGGUCAGAGUAGUAGAUUACAAGUACAAGGAACUUGAAUUUUCAGAACAAUUGAAAAUCACUCAUAACUCUGAUAUAUUCAUUGGAAUGCAUGGAGCUGGGCUUACCCAUUUACUCUUUCUGCCAGACUGGGCUGUUGUGUUUGAACUGUACAACUGUGAGGAUGAACGCUGCUACCUGGAUUUAGCAAGGCUGCGAGGCAUCCGUUACAUUACCUGGCAGAAAAAGAACAAAGUGUUCCCUCAAGAUCAGGGACACCACCCAACACUGGGAGAACACCCAAAGUUUACUAACUACUCAUUUGAUGUGGAAGAAUUUAUGUACCUGGUGCUUUUGGCUGCCGAUCAUGUAUCACAGCAUUCCAAGUGGCCAUUUAGGGUAAAACAUGAUGAAUUCUAGCUCAAAUUUCUGGUUUAAAAAAAUUACUUCAUUAAAAUGUGUUAAAAUAGAUGCAAAUCCAUGCUGGUCUAAAACAUACAAACUUCUAGGAGGGAAAAAAAAUCCCUCCCCCUCCAUCAAAAACACUCCCAUAGAUUUUUUUUAAUCUCUUUAGUUUUAAAUUUUAUUCCAGCAGUUUUUUCUUGGUGACUGCUUUUUAUCAAGAUUAUUUUUGCACUCGUUUUUGGCGUUGCUAAUUCUCGAUACUUGACUAUUUUGUAUAAAGAUUUGUCCAUUAAUUUCAUGUUAUAGUUGUCUCGUAUAAAUUGUACUCUUGUGGCAAGCUGUGCACACUUAGAGAGAGGGGGAGUGGGUUGGAUUAUGCAUGUUGUAGAAGGAUUAAUACAGAAUUACUUCUCAAGUUGGUUAUGGUAUGAAAGACGUAUGUAUAAAGUAUAAAAAGGGAAACCGUUCUCCCAUCCUGCCUCUAGUCUGGUCUUGAAGCUUCUAUGCUACAGUACUGUAUGUGUUGCAAAUAAAAUAUCUGGGUAGGAAUUGACUUCCUAUCUUUAGAUUUUAAGCCAUUUCUCUGUAAGGCACCUGUUGUCCAUAGAAAGCAUUUUCUGUUUGAUAGUGUAUACCCUAAAGGUCACAUUUACACUUGGAGGCAUUUUCCAGAUACCGGUAGUGCAUCUUGCAUUUUUAAGAAUAAAACCUAACCCUUAGACAGUAGCAAUAGUUUACAUUAAUCUUGUGGCUCUCCCUACUCCUCCAAAAAAAUAAGGUUACAAUUAUAAGAAGCACCAGCUGUGACAAACAGUCCCUGUUUGGGUUAAGUCACGUCUUACCUUCCAAACUGUAAGAAAUCUUUCUUUUUUAAUCCUAUCUUGAGAUAAUUCCAGGUAUUUCCAAUUUUUUUUCACAAAAGCGGCUUUUCUGUGGCAAAAAGCUUGACAGUCUAAACCGUAUUAUGGACACUUUCUUUGCAGAGGUUUAAGGGAGUUGCCUUUUUGCUAGCUAAAUUGAUAGGAUGCUGUAAGCCUGUCACCUACAUUGAGAGAGAACUAAAUCAUGAAAGAAACGUUAUUCUAGGCAAUACGAACCUGUUCCACAGUGGGACUCGCUUCAGUGGGUUCAGGCCCCAUAAAUGGGAGUUUCAAAAGUUCUCUGUAUUGGUCCCACGUGGCUCCCAUUCAAGUCAUGUGGUGCUUUACUGUUGCCUUCAGCAUUAGACUAGCGCUGAGUGUGGUCAGAAAUUCCACCAUCAAGGUGAAAUCAUGACCCUGUUGAAUUCAAUGGGCACUCUCAUUGACUUCAGUAAUGCCAGGUUGAUGUGUAAAAGACUUGUAUAAAUAUCUGAAGAUGGAGUUCAACAAGACAAAGGACAGAGUUUCAUGUUCUGCUGUGGAUUUUUGAGAAUGAAUUCCAUGACACUCCUGCAUUGUAAUGGUACAGUGUCUCAGCUGCCUGAGGCAGAAAAUAUAUUUGUAUGCAAAAGCAAGAAUGUGUGAUGGUAAGUGUAAAUACUUGAGUGGUAUAAUUGUGGAUAUUAUUGACUUCCAUUCUGUAACAAUCAUAGGCAAUUUCACAGAGAGUAGGCAUAUUUACUGUCCUGCCUGUAAUGGUAAAGAUAAAUUACUGUAAGUAUUACUUGCCUAUAGAUCUUUCAUGACCUUCACCGGUGAGAAAGCUAGAGAUCUAAAACAAUAUGUUAAGAUACCUGGUUCAGUUUUUAGAGUGGGACAUCGGGUAACUGACAGAUAAAGCUGUUUCACUUUACAGGAGCUGUAGAAGCAAAAUUGCACUUCUUGACAUGAAAAAUGUAAAUACAAAUAUCUGAGAAAUAGAGUUCUUGCAUUCAUAUGCUUUUACCUCAUUUUUUGAAAGAGAAAACUGUAUACAAGAAAUAUGUUAGUAAAUGUGUACUGAAAAUUUAAAAUAUUUGUCUAACAAUAACUAUGAAAUGUUCUCAGAUAUAUUUAAUAAAGUGAGAAUUUUAUAU